GUGCCCACCCCUUCGCCGGAGAGAGUGCUGGUAACUCCUUCCUCCCAGCCGGGUUACCUGCUCCGCGCCGCCGUGGACACGUGUGAAGGUCGGACUGAUACCCGCAGCCCCUUCGCGAGGCCCGACGCGGCCGGGCCCCUCAGGUGGAAGGACUGUGGAGUGAGACGCGCUCGGGCAGAGACUAUGUAAUCGCCUUGGUGUCUGUACAGAGGACUGAGCUUCGGGGAGGGAAGAGGAGGGAUCGGUUUGCUCCUCGGCGACUCGGCAGGCGGAGUUUCGCAGCGGCGGCACCAGGGUUGCGCCCGCCCGCGGGGAGGUCGCUCCAUCCAGCCCCGGCGGCCGCGAGAGUCCGAGCGCCGGACCGCGGUAGUCGGCGGGAGUGAGAAAGAGCGAGACCGAGUUCUAGGGCGCGAGGGAGCGGGCCGGGGGGUCCGGGAGGAGUCGAGCGGCGGCCACGAGCGAGCCGAGCGCGCCCCCCGCCCGCCCCAGCGGCGCCGCGCCGGGCGGCGUCCGGGCGGCAUGGAGAAGGACGGCCUGAGCCGUGCAGACCAGCAGUACGAAUGCGUGGCGGAGAUCGGGGAGGGCGCCUAUGGGAAGGUGUUCAAGGCCCGGGACCUGAAGAACGGAGGCCGUUUCGUGGCGCUGAAGCGCGUGCGAGUGCAGACCGGCGAGGAGGGUAUGCCGCUCUCUACCAUCCGCGAGGUGGCGGUGCUGAGGCACCUGGAGACCUUCGAGCACCCCAACGUGGUCAGGUUGUUUGAUGUGUGCACAGUGUCACGAACAGACAGAGAAACCAAACUAACAUUAGUGUUUGAACAUGUUGAUCAAGACUUGACCACUUAUUUGGAUAAAGUUCCAGAGCCUGGAGUGCCCACUGAAACCAUAAAGGAUAUGAUGUUUCAGCUUCUCCGAGGUCUGGACUUUCUUCAUUCUCACCGAGUGGUACAUCGUGAUCUAAAACCACAGAACAUUCUGGUGACCAGCAGUGGACAAAUAAAACUGGCUGACUUCGGCCUUGCCCGCAUCUACAGUUUUCAGAUGGCUCUUACCUCAGUGGUCGUCACGCUGUGGUACAGAGCUCCAGAAGUCUUGCUUCAGUCCAGCUACGCCACCCCUGUGGACCUCUGGAGUGUUGGUUGCAUAUUUGCAGAAAUGUUUCGUAGAAAGCCGCUUUUUCGUGGAAGUUCAGAUGUUGAUCAACUAGGAAAAAUCUUGGACGUAAUUGGACUCCCGGGAGAAGAGGACUGGCCUAGAGAUGUUGCCCUCCCCAGGCAGGCUUUUCACUCAAAAUCUCCUCAACCAAUUGAGAAGUUUGUAACAGAUAUUGAUGAACAAGGCAAAGACCUACUUCUGAAGUGCUUGACAUUUAAUCCAGCCAAAAGAAUAUCGGCCUACAGUGCCCUGUCUCACCCAUACUUCCACGACCUGGAGAGGUGCAAGGAAAACCUGGAUUCCCACCUGCCGCCCAGCCAGAACAGCUCAGAAAUGAAUACAGCCUGAGCUGCCUUGAGCUCAUCAUCCGGAGAACCUCCUUGGUAGCUGAUGGAUCCCCUGAGUAAGCCCUGCAGAGCUGCUGAGGAUCACUGGCUGGAGACCUUCUAGCUGCCGUCUUCUGGAUGGGCUCUGCUUCUCUGAGGAAACAGCCUCGUUUACUGUUUUGAAAUCAAUGCAAGAGUGAUUGCAGCUUUAUGUUCAUUCGUUUGUUUGUUUGUCUGUUUGUUUUAAGAACCUGGAAAAAUUCCAGAAGAGAAGCUGCUGACCAAUUGUGCUGCCAUUUCAUUUUUCUGAUCUUGAAUGCUGCCAGUGUGAAGUGAGCAGUCCAGACACAGCUGAGCUAUGAUGUAAUCUCUCUGCAGGUGCUGGAGCCUGAUUUGGUACUUUUGAGUGAGUGUAUGUGCAUGUGCAUGUGUGUGUGUGUGUGUGUGUGUGUGUGUGUGUGUGUGUGUGUGAUUCUUGAUCUCUUAAAAAGUGUUACUUUCUGUAAACAACAAGAAUAAUUGAAUUUUAAAGGCUCAAAGUGACCGCUAAAUAACAGGUGUCUGUUGACUACAGGUGAUUCACCAAAAUGGGCUUCUCAGAUUUAAAGUUGAGCCUAUGUCCUUAGCAUUUCUUUUCUGGCCCAAAGCAGUAAAUUUGCUAAUAGUAAAAGGUUCACUAUCUAGGUGAAGUUUUAUACACACAGCAAAAAGAAAAAAAAAAUCUAGUAUCUUUUAAGAAACCUGUUUUUUGAAGCACAAAUUCUAUUUACUUUUCAAAAAGCUCAUUUACUCCUUGUAAUUCUAACCUGUAUAAUGUGCUUUAUUGUUUCUUUUGAAAAAUACCUAUAAGCUUUUUCUUAACUUGCUAUAGAUUUAGGGAGUGUACCUCAACUAGGUAAAAUCGUCAAAAAAUAAUAGAGAAAGCCUUUAUUUCCUGGUUUGGAAUUUAUUUUCUUUUUGGUUUUUGUUGUUAUUUUGUUUUGGUUUUGAUUUUAGGAAUUUGUCAGAAACUGUUUCCUGUUUGGGUUUGGAGGAUAGUUCUCUCUGACUAGAGACAGGAAUGGCAUUUAAGUUUUCCCCCACCUAUUACACUGUACUUUUUCUACCGUGCACUGCCUCAUUUGCAAAGUAUCCAUUUUAUCUAUCCCCCAGUGCAUCUAAUAUGUAUUACUACCCUUACAUAAUUAAUAACAGAUUGCUUAAGCUGUUCUCAUGCACCUCCUACUUUCUUUCUUUCAAUGAACCUUUCAUAAAUAGUUUGAUUCAGAUUUAUGGCUUAUGGCUCCAAUUCCACAAUCCUAACAGAGUCCCAUAUGUUCUCCCUCUACUGCAAUCUUCCUGCCUGGCAUUUGGCAUUCACGGUUGUUACCUAGGCAAUGAGUAGAAGACUGGUUCUUCUCAAUCACCAGCAAGUAGAUUGCUUUAAAGUGUAACGUAGUGUUUUACAGCUUUAUAGAAUAUAUUGUCAGUGUAGUAUCUGAGGGAAUGUCCUUAACUAUUUUUUAGAAAUAUGUAUUUACUCUAUAAAAUUACCUAUUCUCUGUCGCCAGGCUGUGCUUGUUUCUAGUGCCUUAUGCACAUGCCCGCUCUCUGCAGAGCCAGCCUGACCUGGGCAUUGUGAACAGCUUUACUUUUCCUCUUGCCGUUUUCUCUACAGUACUUUAUAUUCCAUACCAUCUCUGCCUUCUGUGUGGUUAGUGCUCAGUCGGCUCUAGUAACCAGAAGACACAGAGAUGAAGUAUCUUUUGGUAAGUUUAGCUAAUUUCGCUUCCUGAUUCAUGUUUUACGAGCAUGCAACAGUUAGACUGUGUUUAGAGUUAGGGUUUUCAAAGAAUGGACAUUGCUUCCCUCAGAAGAAAAUGUGCCAGAUGAUGUUUAUGCAUAAUCAGGCCUUUCUGAGUGUUCUCCACAGCUUAAUAUUGUAUACAACUAUAUAUAUAUAUAUAUAUAUAUAUAUAUAUAUAUAUAUAGUUUAACAUUGUUCUAAUUCAGUAACUUCAAGAGCAGGAAAAUUUUUCUAAAGCAAGAUAUGAGUGAGAAGAUGGGCCAUAAGAAUGUUUUAUACUUUCUUCCUUGUGACAACAUCGAUUAUGUUUUGUCAUCUCUGUAAAUGCUUGAGAUAUAAUGGAUCCAGAGAAUUCAGGUCAAGCAUACUUGCGGUCCCCCUGGAUAAAUGAGUUCUGCCUUUCCUUCGAUCGGGGGUCAAAACACAAAGACCAGGGGCCUAGACACUGAAUUUUAAAACUCACUGAACUAAUCCAUCAUGAGCUUUUCAGUAAGUAUCCAUGGUUAGAGUGAACAUAACUUGGGUUUUUGCUUUUGCAAAAGUUUUUCAUAAGUUCACUCAAGAAAAAUGCAGCUGUUCUAAACUGGAAUUUUUCAGCAUUCUUCAGCAUUUUAAACAUGUAGAGAGUUCAACUUUUAUUUCUAACAUAUGCUCCUGAUUCGUUUCUUGGUAGUGUUUAUAAAGAAAACUUAAAGCACAAACAUUUUGACAUUAGAUACUUGCCAGAUUCCCCUCUGAGAGGCAGAAGGAGAGGGCUUUUCAGCCUCUCUGAACUUGUUAAAGAGUCUGUCCCCAGCUCUUCCAUCCGCGUGGUUGUUGCACUUGAGUGAUUACUCUCGUUUUAUGUCUUUUACAUCCGCCUCACCACUUCUGAAAUCCAGAUCCCACACAAGCACCCUUUGCCAUUAGGGAACUUUGAAGCACAGAGCAGAAUACAAGCCUACUGAAUACGGCUUAUUCUUCUGCUACAUAUGGUUUCAAACAUGUUUGCCAAAAGCUAGGCAGUGGUUCGCUGAAAAGGUCAUAUUGCCCCAGGGCUAUACUGAAGCAGCUUAUAGCAGUAAGAAACAGGAUGACACACUUGAACUCACAUUUGAAUUUCUUACUAGGACUGGGGCAAGAAUAUGCCUGGUAGUUUCUAUAUGAUAUUUAGUUCUAGUGGCCCAAGCUCUGGGAACUGCUGUGCUGGGGUGGAGUUGUAACAACCUGCAUUUAAAGAGUCCAUUUAGGCAUCAUAAGCUGUCACGUGGCAAAGCUAAUAAGGCCCUAACCUUAUAACCUUAAAAACACAAUCCCUGAGAGUUUGUCAGAACCCAGUGUGUUGGAGCCUCCCACUUUGUCUCUCCUUUGAAGUAGAUGGGAACUCAAGGAGCAAAGAACCUGUUUCGGAAGAAAGCACCGGGCCAUUUCUGCCCCCUGUGUUCUCAUGAUUUUCUCUCAGGAAACACACACUUUGAAUGGCAGACUUUUCAUUUUGCCCCAGGUGAUAUACUAAAAAUAGUUCAAAAUAUUCACCUAAGACCAGAAUCUCAGCCUUUUAGUUUUAGGUAAAAAUGAAAAUUUUGGAAUGCACAGGAUGUUAAUAUCUUAAAUAAAACAUGUACCUUUUAAUAGAGAAACUUAUGGUCUGACUCCAGAAUGUGAUACUCUCCAUCCUGAUGGGAAAAAACUUAAAUAUUACCAAACUUUUGAAUCUUAAAUUAUGUAUUUAAAUUGCGUUUUUAACUAACUAUAGCUGCUUCUCUUAAAAGUGGUACCUAUAAAAGUCAGUAGUGGCAAUUCUCAUUCCUUAAUGGAAAUUAAAUCAUGUAAGCUUCCUAAUAUCAUAAACAUAUUAAAAUUCUUCUCUAAAGAAUUCCUUCUUUUUUUAAGUGACAACUUUACUGUAAUUUUUAUGAUAAGCACAUGAGAGUGUCUCACAUUUUCCAAAAACAGGCCUGUGUUGCAUAGGUGGGUCUAGGAAAGAAUAAUGUUGAAAGUUAGCAAGCCACUGUAAUUACUUAAUUGUGUUAGUACAGUUUCUUGGAAAGAAAAUAUUGAAAUAUAAAUUCCUAGAUAUUGAUAGAAUUCCAAAGAAUGCAUAAAGACAUAAAAUGAUACCUUUAUUUUAUAAAAAAUAAAGAUGUGAUAUGAUUUCUAAAUCUUUGAAAACCAUAAGAUACUAGGCAAUGGAUAGAGGAAAUUCUGGAGAAAAUGAAGGUAUUCGAAGAAGGAUAGUUUCAAAGUUAUGUAUAUUUUGAAGGGUAUAUAUUUUAUUAACAUGUAUUACAAGAAUUUAUAUUCAAGUCACCUGGCAACUAUGAACUUGAUAUGGACAAAAACAAAUUUUAUGGAAAAGUCACUCCAAACAGUUACCAUUUCAAAGGUUGAGCUAAUCAUACUAAACCAUCCCUAUUCCUUCCUCAUUUCAUGGAAGGAAGCAGCCAUGUGAAGCUACACUUGUUAUGCAAGCCUAAAAAUGUUUGUUGUAAAAAAAUAAAUAAAUUUUUUAAAGGUGUGUUUCCUUUGCCACCAGGAUUUUUGAAAACUUGUGAAACCCAAACCAUUUAUCAUGUGCAUUCAGUACAUUCAGAUGUAUGAUUAGGAAGAUAAUUACAUGUUCCUUCCCCACAGUGGAAAAACUUCUCAAGGCUACCAAAAACCUGUCAAGCAAUGUAAGUCCUCAGAUAAUUAGUAGUGGUGUUUUCCUCAAAAGCAUAAGAAAAUAGCAUUUUCAUUUUUUAUCAAUGCAAUUUUCAACGUGGUUUUGUUACAUACCUAUAUCUCAAGCAUUUCUAACUUGUACUUUUUCAGAAAAUAAACCAAAAAUAUUCCUUUGGCCUUUUCCAUCUUCUGACCUUUGUUAACAACAAAAAAUGGAGAAAGAGGAGGGGUCUGAUUUUUACAUGUUUUUCGCGAUUAGUUGUUUGUUUUUUUUAAUGAAGUGCAAACCAGCUUUUCAAAAUGUUUUCUAUUUCUUAGCAUUCCCAGGGAGUUAAUUUAGAUAAAUGAAUGGACUUCCAUCAACAUAUUUAUGUUUCCUUGAUACUGGUGCUCUGGCCUUGAAGAAGAAAACAAGACUCUCCUGAAAAUAAAUACAGGUUUUUUCCAAGCAUCUGUUUAAAUACUAUUACAGCAAUUUGAACUUAAUAUGGUAGGAAAGGGAGGCGGUUUUUCUUUCAAAUGUCUGUUUUAAAAUUCACACUGUCCUACGGGAUGAACUUUCUUGUUUUAUUCUAGUAUAUUCCACAGGGUGGCACUUUGAAGAGGGGUGUGGAAUCUGAGCAAGGCUUCUUCAUUUUUCUGCACACAUUUAACUCUUGCCGAGCGCUUGUUUUUCAGGAUGAUUAAUAAUCUUCACAGUGUUCUGUAACUCCGAUAUUUUAGUUGUUAGCUAAGUUCUGAACAAUUGUCUGCAAGUAAAUUGUUCUUGAGGAUGAAUAAUACACCCAUUUUGAUUAUUUUAGUGUAUAAAGAGAGCCUAGUCAUUCAUUUGGUCAUGAAACAUUUUUUGAGGUAACUAAUUACCUCACUUUUCUAGGUGCAAAGUUACAAAGAUGGACAUGCUUAUUACUCAAAAGGCAACACUCAUCUGUGAAGAGGAUAGUUUUGUUAGGAGUGUAAAACUCCUACAGAGGCCCUAGGCAAAAUGCCCAUAUCCCCUGUCAGCUGCUUUCACAUUCCCUACUAUGGUGGCUGUUAGACGAUUAAAUUUAAAAAUACUAAUUUUAAAAAUCAGAUGCAGAAACUAAGUAACGCAUCAGUUACUAUAUAGACAAAACUAUUUUUUCAAAGAAUUGCUAUGCUGAAACAGAGCCCUAAAAUACUAAAAGACCUGGUAAUUUUUACAUUUGUAUAGUCACACGUGUAAAUUCACAAGAAAUUGUAAUUUUUAAAAAUUUUCAUUAAGCAUAUGAGCUAAUAACUUAGGAGUAUAUCUGCAUAAGUGUUUGAUUUCUCCACUUGUGAAGUUCUUUGGCAACUUUAUUAUAAAUAUAUAUGUACAUACACUUUUGUUUUAAUUCACACAUCCGCUCAGAGACCCAUUAUCCGCCACAUGAUUUUAGUUAAAUUUUAGAAGUCAUUUUCUUUAACAGUGUCACUGAAAUUUAGGAGGAAGGAAAUUAUAUUAUUUUUUCAGAAUUUCCUUAGCACAACCCAACGGAAGGCAGUUUAUUCCUUCUGAGUGGCAGAAACUCCUUAGUGCCUGCUUCACUUUCCUCCGGAGUAGCCAGCGGGCAAGUCUCAGUAAUUCAUACUGAAUCAAAAUACCGCACACACUAGGGGCUGUCAAAUCUUCGGCCUCAUCCCUCUGCUUAAAAUCCCACUGAAGUAUUUAGAUUCCAGUUUAAGCCCCUAAGUGGAAGGCCGAAUUCAAACCUCGAGUUUGUUAUCAGUUGGGCCAGUCUGAACUCUUACCUGCUCGCGUUCAAAAUUUCCCUCCCACCGAAAGCCUUCCGGGUGCGUUGCGCCGUCGCCCCGCCCCUUUGGCUGUAGAGUGGCAGUGGGCGGAGCUGGCUGGGACCCGCCCGCCGCUCACCUGUUAGUGCCUGAAAUGAUGUACAGACCCGGCAGGUUACUGUCCGAGGUCCAUGUGCCCUGCUGCUGUCUCAGAGGCAUCUGUUCUGCAAUCUUAGGAAGUAAAAUAUCCCUAGAAGCAAACAGGUGUCAUCUGUGCGUAAAUAAGUACAACACAAUUCUCCGAGAGUUCGGGUAUAAAGAGAUGCUGCUCUGUAUGAAGCUAUCUACCAGGCAUCUCUCAAGCUCUAAGCUCAGCUUUUUUUUUUUUUUUAAGAGAAGAUGUAUAAUUACAGGAAAGAUUUUUUAUUUUUUUAUUUUCUAUCAUUCUACAUAUAUGAUGGCAAAAGAUAUGCCUGGAAAAGUUUUGUUUGGAAAAUUUGUUUAUUUUCUGCUUCAUCUUCAGUUGGCAAAAGCUCCUAACUCUUUAGUUUCUAAUUUCUUUCUCUUUUUCUUCGUCAAGUAGUUAAAGAUAUGUGAGCAAAUUAUCUCAUGUGGGAGGGAGACUUUCCUGUUUAGAGGAACAUUUUGUGUGAAUUGUUUUGUCAAACAAAUAAUCAACCCCUUCUCUAUUUAAGGAGUUUGGACUGUCAAAUGUAGGUUUUCUUAAAGGGGACACAUAACUGUACAUAACGCUAUAAAGAACUAUGACCGUAGCACUAAUCAGCAAGCAUAAAGCCACAAGUUAUAUCAUUUCUAACUCUCUGUGGUUUCUAGCCAAAUCCGUUGAAGUGCUUAGGUUACAGUCCUGAAGAGACCUUUCGUACCCUUACUUGAAAGUUUCUAAUCUUAAGUUUUAUGAAAUGCAAUAAUAUGUAUUAGCUAGCAAUAUUUCUGUGAUCACCAGCAACUCCAAAUUUGACCUUGAAGUCUCUGGAUAAUGAAAAUAGAUCCCAGCAGUAAUACACUUCUUGAACACCCCCCCACCAAGUGUAUUAUAUAUCUUUCUUAUUUUGAUCCUGUGUUUGCAACAAAUGUAUACGGGAAUAUUUUAGUUCCUUACUUUGUAUUCAUUUAUUUUCCUAUGACCAGUAAUAAAUAUACUAGUUAGUACAUGGAAUCAGUAGCAUCAGCUACUCCUAGGAUCAGCACUUAACAAGGUGGGAAAUUUCUAUUUCAAGUUGUUCUACAUUUGCAUAAAUUAUUUCUAUUAUUGUUCAUGUAUAUUAUUUAUUUCUCAAUCACACUAGUCCUGUGAAAGUGCAACAGAAGGCAGACCACAUUAGGAUUUGCAUUAAAUGCUCAUUAUCAUGGUCUUGAUGGAACUCAGAAAAUUAAAAUUAGACUAAGCCCCCAAAUAAGCUGCAUGCAUUUUAAUAUGAUUAGUAGAAUUUAAGUCUAGAGAGAUAGUAUUUUUGUGUCUAGGUGUUUUAUCAUUAUGUAAAGGAAUUAAAGCAAAGGACUUUGUAGUUGUUCUUUUGUCAAGUAUGCAUAUACUAUAGUGUGAAAUACAGCAAAACUUAAAACUGCAGGUAGCAAAGCAUCAAAUACUGCCUUAAUUUAGGAACUCUGCCAGGUGGCCCUCAGAAUAGAUGCCAGGCAGAGACAGGUGCCUGGGUGGUGCUUCCUCUUAUCUGGCCUGGAAAAGAAGCUUCCCCCACACCAUCUAGUACCCUUGUAGGUGGUGUGUCCUGUAGUGGGAACAGGUAGCACUGUUGAAAGGAGAGCAGUGUGAGAGGUUUCUGUAGAAGCAGACCUGUCAGCAUGUGCCUUGAGGCUUCCAGAACAUGCCAAAUGGAGAAGUCCAAGUUUCCAUGCUUCAAGCAACUUGGUUUUGUAGAGAAGCAAUCCAGUCUGGUAAUUAAAACAAGGAUUGCGUAUACAGUAGUCAACAAUGGGGUUUUAACAACCAACAGUCCCCAACACCUCAAAAGCUUGUUGCAUUUCUGGUAUUUUAAGUUUUGAUCUGAAGGUUAAAUGGCAAGUGUGUUGUAGAGAAGAGCAGUAUGUGGCAAGAAAAGCACAAUGUCGGUUCCCGUAGAGUACAGAUUAGAACUAGAGGGUUUUAUAGGCUUAUCAUUUCUGAGAUAUGUAAAAGCACGUUUUCACUGUAAAAUGUAUUAAUGUUUCUGCAUUCCUAUAGGGCCUAGUUAAAACUUUAUUCUAGAUUUCAGCAAGGGUGUCACAGCCAGUGAGCUAUUUUUUUGCCUUUUUUUUUUUUUUUUUUUUUUACUUAUUUUU